GAAGCGUAAAUAAAAAAAAGAGUGCUUUCAACCGCCGCUCGCUUUUAUCGAACGAGGGGCCGUAAAGACUUAACUUUUCGUAAAACGAUCCCAUUCACUUGGCCAGCCUCGCUUUUGCGCGCGGCUUUACGAGCUUCCUUCCUCUCCCUUCCCCGGAAAAUACGCACUUUUUAUAAAGGGUAGGUCGAGCAAGAGCAAAUCUCGCGAGUGCGUUUGGCUUUUAUGUCGAUGGGGAUGUGGACUUUGCUGGGAUAUUAAUGCAUCGAAGUAAUUUAGGGGCUUUUUUUUUAUUGGCAUCCUCGAAGUUGUGGCUUACUUUGUAUCGAUGCGCUGGACAGAAACGGUAUAUGGUGGAGAUAUAUUUUGUUUUUCAAAGCCGCCGUCGCGAUUUUAUCUUAUUUGUUUGCUAUCGGUUGCGGCCAGUAGAAUACAUGCAUUAGUCAUAAGUCAUUGACUUGAAUUCCGAGUGAAAACCUGAUAUUAUAGAAAUGUUAAUAUUGGUCUAAAAUUAAAUCAUUUUUAUCGCGUGUUGUGUGUUAAGCAUAAUAAUGACGUUUUGCAGUCAGACAUGCAAGUCGUCGGUUUCUCAAUAUCUGUCUAUUUAAGCUAAUCGCUAGUUUCCUAAUCUAUUUUCUAUUUACCCGGCGAUCGAUAUCCGAUUCAUCAUUUGUACGGUGCAAAGUCUCCUUAAAAGCCUAUUAAUCUCAGAUAAAGCUACAGCAUUCACUAACUUUUAUUGCUUUUAGAUAAAGACCAUGUAACUGAAAGAAUGCGCAAUAUUGAUGUUUGCUCCGAGAGAAGCUGCUUUUUUCAACUACACCAUUAUAUUCCUGUUUCCUCUCGAUCGGCGUAGGCACAGCUCUGGCCUGGACGUCCCCCGUCAUCCCGGACCUGGAAGCCUUCGACUCCUGGCUACCCUUGACCAAGGACGAGUCGUCGUGGGUGUCAUCCCUCUUGGCCAUCGGCGCAAUGGUCGGCGCCUUGCCAGCGAGUCCCAUCGCCAACUCGCUAGGUCGAAAACGUGCCCUCUUACUCCUAUCCCUGCCCUUUUUGAUAUCCUGGACCAUCAUCAUCUUCGCCAGCCAGAUCUGGAUGCUGUACGCCGCCAGGUCGAUCGUCGGUAUAGGAGUUGGUGCCAGCUGUGUACUCGUCCCGACGUAUCUAUCGGAAAUCGGCGAGCCAUCGAUCAGAGGGACGCUCGGAGCUAUGUUUCAGCUGUUCCUGACCAUUGGCAUAGUUUAUACCUUCGUUCUCGGAGCUGUGGUGAAUUAUACGACGUUGGCCAUUGCUUGCGGUGUUAUCGAGGUUGUUUUCGUCGGGACCUUCCUGUUCAUGCCCGAAUCGCCCAUUUGGCUGGUGGGCAAAGGACGUCGAGCCGAUGCGACUGCAGCUCUGAAACGGCUUCGAGGCGACGUCUACGAUGUCAAUACCGAGCUGAACCAGAUGCAGAAAGAGGCGGAGGAAAAUGCGAAUCGAAGAAGCUCCGUCUUCGACCUGGUUAGGUUGCCGGCGCCUAGAAAGGCUCUAUUGAUCUGCUUCGCUGGGAUGGCUUUCCAGCAGUUGUCCGGUGUCAACGCUGUCAUAUUCUACACUGUGAACAUCUUCAAAGCUGCCGGUAGUUCUCUAGAUGCCGACGUUGCUGCUAUUCUCGUCGCGGUCGUUCAGUGCGUCAUGGCUCUGGUGGCAGCUGGUAUAGUAGACAGGGCUGGAAGGAAGCCUCUGCUGAUGUUCUCGUCGUCGGUGAUGUCUUGCAGUUUGAUAGCUCUAGGUCUGUUCUUCAAAUUGAAGGAAAAUGGAAGCGACGUCUCAAACUUGGGCUGGCUACCACUAGCGUCCCUCAUCCUCUUCAUGAUUGCUUUCUCCAUCGGAUUGGGACCAAUUCCCUGGAUGCUGAUGGGUGAGCUGUUCACGGUCGAACUGAAGGGCAACGCCUCGAGUCUUUCGGUGUUGCUCAACUGGUUCCUCGUGUUCCUCGUGACGAAGACCUUUCCAGCACUGGAGAUGGUCUUCAAAUCCUCUGGAACCUUCUGGAUCUUUGCGGUGAUCAUGGGUUUGGCGACAGUCUUCACCUUCUUCGUCGUGCCUGAGACUAAGGGCAAGACUAUCCAGGAGGUGCAAGAGGAACUUUUGGGAAACAAACCCAACAGUUCGGUUUAAUGCUUAUAUAGUUUUUAGAAAAUUAUUAUCCGAACUGUACGAGCUAUGGCUGGUUCUUAUAGAUGACAGUAUUUAUUAUUAGAUUCGAUGUAAUGUUAGCCGAUAAAUGAACUUUUUUACUAAAGAUACUUACCCGUAGCCAUUAUUAAAUCGGGUAUAGAAUAAGAUAACCAUAAAAAUAUUAAUAAUAAACAAUUAUUUUUUAAGACGUAUGUUAGAUACAUUUUAUUGUUACAACGUUAGGGAUUGUAAUUAAAAAAGUCAAACAGACUUACGCGUCAAUCAGUUAUUUCAUCACCUUAUCACAGCUAAUCUCGAAAGCCUACAUGGAAAAAAGCUAAAAUGCGCUACUGCAUCUUCCGAUUUUUCUCGCAACGAAUCGCGCUGCCUGAUAAAGUUUAUGUGUACUUAUCAAGCCAAUAUCUUUGAUUAUUUUCGUGAUGAGAAAUGGUCGAUUGCAAGGACAUUGUACAUGUGACAUGUUUUUUUUUUUAUAAAUUUCAUAACGUAAUAAACGCAUUUCAUAACUAAA